UGGACACAUAACCAACUUCUUGUUUGCACAAGUGAUCCAUUCUGGGUUACCAAUUGAAAGGGAAACUUAAAUAAUAAUAGUUGCGAGCGGUGCAGAAUGACGAGUGCAAGUCUUUUGUCGCGUUCUCUGCUAACAGAAGCUCCGCGCUCCAAGAAUCGCUCGGUGUUCACCUUGAUUGUGGGCGUGGUGGUCGGUUACUGCCUGGCCCAGCUUUUCUCCGGUAUUGCGCCGAGCCAGAGCCUGUAUCCCUAUCUCAGUAGACGCCUUAGCCAGCCCAGCGAUUCCCAGGUGGCCACCCAGGGUCAGUUGGCACAGGAGCACAGCGCCUUCCAGCAUGAUCAUCGCAACGACAACGUCACCGUGGCCGAGCAGCUGAAGAAGGAGGUACGCAUCCUCUGCUGGGUGAUGACGAAUCCUACAAACCACAAGAAGAAAGCUCGCCAUGUGAAGCGAACUUGGGGCAAGCGGUGCAACAUCCUGCUCUUCAUGAGUUCCGCCGCCGAUGAGGAACUGCCCACCGUGAAGCUCGAUGUGGGGGAGGGCCGGGAGAAUCUGUGGGCCAAGGUCAAGGAGGCGUUUAAGUACGUCUAUCAUCACCAUUACAAUGACGCCGACUUCUUCUACAAGGCCGAUGACGACACAUACGCCGUGAUGGAGAAUAUGCGGUAUAUGCUUUAUCCGUACAAUCCCGAAACACCCGUACACUUCGGAUUCAAGUUCAAGCCUUUCGUGAAACAGGGCUACAUGUCCGGCGGAGCGGGUUACGUACUCAGUAGGGAGGCACUGCGUCGGUUCGUGGUCGAGGGCAUUCCGAAUCCCAAGAUGUGCCUGCCGGGCACGGUGGUCAAUGAGGACAUCGAAAUCGGGCGAUGCAUGGAGAACCUGAACGUUACCGCCGGCGAUUCCAGGGACGAAAUCGGUCGUGGUCGAAUGUUUCCCUUCAUACCAGAGCAUCACUUGAUCCCAGCCAAGUGGGACAAGAACUAUUGGUACUGGAACUACCUUUACUACAAGACGGAUGACGGUCUCGACUGCUGCUCGGAUUUGGCCAUUUCCUUUCACUACGUUGCUCCGAAUUCCUUCUAUGUUCUGGACUACCUCAUCUAUCAUUUGAAACCCUACGGUUUACAGCGUUCCCUAGAACCUCUGCCUGCUAAACUCAAAGUGGGUCAGUUGCUACCGCCCCCCGUAGAGCGUCCCCUGGCCAGUAACGAGGAUUCCGCCGAUGAUUACGACAGGAUCUACACAACCACGACUGAGAAGCCAAAGGAGCCCGAUGCCCGGGAAAUGGACUCCAAGGAAGUGGAAAAGGAGGAGGUCAAAUACAGGGAAAAGCUUUCAAAGGAGGCCGAGGAGCACGAAGACUCGCGAAAUACUGGCAAGGACUCGGAGUAUACUGAAGAGGAAACGAAUAAGCGUUCCAAGUCCAAGGAAACAUCGGAUGAAAAUUAACAUGUAUUGAGUUUAGUUGGUAGGCUUUGGAACCAUGUUGUUUCUAAAACUACUCAGCUCUUUUAAUACAAAGUUUUUAAGCUUUACAUAAAUUUAUUAUGAAAGCCACUAUAACUAGUUGGCUUGGAAUUAUUAAAGGUUGGAUGGAACAGACUUCUUUAGCUGUUCUCGCCCAAAACUCUUAAUCUUAAAACCCUAAACUGAAUAAAAGCGAAAAACUUCCGGAGAAGGUGAAAUGUGCACUGGGAUUCUUUAAGACCAGGCCACCACGUUCACAUACCCUUAAGAAAGAUGGUUAUAAUAGACAUGCCUACGGAUUCCUAUAUGUUGUCAUCGUGAACCGGGCUCAUAAAUAAGUGGCAUAUAGUCGAGUUUUGCAGAUAUCCAGUUAAAAUUGGCAUAUUUAAUAAAUAACCAACUCUUAACAUUUAAACUGCACGCCCAUAAAAGACAAGAGCAUUUUAAGUGGAUCAUGCUAAUUUUAUUGGAGUGGUAUCUAUUUUUAUCUAAUUUUAUUGGAGGCGGCAGGCGGAGGGCCGGUAUGCAAGCCGACGGAAAUGGCUUAAUCGACAUGGCUAGUUAUUAAUUAGACUAAAAGCA